AUGACGCUGACUCAAGCCCAGAAGGCCGCCGUGGUCGCCAUCUGGGCAAAGGUGGCUACCCAAGCCGAUGCCAUUGGGGCAGAAUCACUGGAGAGGCUUUUCGCCAGCUACCCCCAGACAAAAACCUACUUCCCUCACUUUGAUCUCAGCCAAGGCUCAGCUCAGCUUCGUGGUCAUGGCUCCAAGGUCAUGAAUGCCAUCGGGGAAGCUGUGAAGCACAUUGAUGACAUUAGAGGUGCUUUGGCCAAACUCAGUGAGCUGCACGCUUACAUCCUCAGGGUGGACCCAGUGAACUUCAAGCUGCUUUCCCACUGUAUCCUGUGCUCCGUGGCUGCCCGCUACCCCAGUGACUUCACCCCAGAAGUUCAUGCUGCGUGGGACAAGUUCCUGUCCAGUGUUUCCUCUGUUCUGACUGAGAAGUACAGAUAA